UAAUGUUUGGCGGAUCGUUUUCCACCAGCUCCAUGCUUCUUAUAUUCAGCACAGAAAUUAUUGCUAUCCACUUAAUUUGUUAGAAAAUAGUUUCGACUUUUGUAUACUAAUAAAAACUGAUCAUCAUGAACUCAGACGCCGAUGAUGCACUGUAUCCUGAAAUUGAGCCAUUUUUCACGGGUACUCUCCCAGUCUCGGAUAUUCAUACCCUGUAUUAUGAACAAUGUGGAAACAAAGAAGGCAUCCCUGUCGUCUUUUUGCAUGGGGGUCCUGGAAGUAGCACUUCUGGGAGAGACCGGCGCUUUUUUGACCCCAAAGUAUACCACGUGAUUCUAUUUCAUCAACGUGGGGCAGGGAAAUCUACGCCAGCGUUCUGCCUGGAAGAGAACAAUACUUUUGCUUUGGUAGCAGACAUGGAAAAGCUAAGAGAAAAAGUUGGCGUAAGCAGUUGGCUACUGUUUGGAGGAAGUUGGGGUUCUACGCUGGCUCUUGCUUAUGCUGAAAAACACAUUGACCACGUGCUUGGGCUAAUUAUCCGAGGAAUAUUUACCAACCGAAAAAUUGAACAGGACUGGUUUUAUUCGGAAACGGGGGCUGGCAUGUUGUAUCCGGAAGAAUAUGCAAAAUUUGUUGAACUCAUUCCACUUGAAGAGCGGGGGGAUAUUGUGAAAGCAUACUAUAAACGACUCACUGCCCCAGUCGGUGAUGCCCAGCAACUGAAAUGUGCAACUGCUUGGAACAUUUAUGAGCUAACUCUAAGCUCCAUGCAGUUGACCCAGGAAGAUGUGGAUAAAUGCCAAGACGACAAUUGGAAUCUAGCUCAUGCUCGGAUUGAAUGUCACUACUUUGUAAAUAAGGGAUAUCUUGAGGAGAGCCAACUCAUCAACGAUGCAGUGAUAAUUGCAAAGAGUGGCGUUCCAGUUGAAAUUGUACAAGGUCGAUAUGAUCUGGCGUGCCCAGUAAAGACGGCAUGGGACUUGCACAAACAAAUUCCGCAAUCAAUUCUCCAUAUUUUGCCAAUGGCUGGUCAUUCGAGCCUAGAACAUGGGACCGGCAUGACUCGAAAGCUAGUGGAUAUUUGCGACAAGUUUAAAAAUAUGUUAAAGUAACAGAAUGGCUUGAUAUUGAAAUAAGCAUAUUGGAUACUUGAAACAGAUUUAUUACAUUCAUAUUAAUUUACUUUAUAAACUAUUAUAAAGUAUUUUUCUGGAUUACUACGAAAAUUAAAUAAUGAAUUAAACACGUUUAAA